CUGCAUACUCACUACAUACUGGCUCUACCAACAAUGGACGCCUUCAGCCUGCUCAAGUACUGGCGUUCUAGCGCCGGCGGCGUCACCACUACCAUCUCCGCCGCAAACUCCACCGCCGACACGCGCGCCACCACCGAAAUCGUCUCCGCCCGUAUCUCCGCCGCCAGCCCUUACUCCUCCGACGGCGAGGACGGGCCCUACUUCGACCUGGAAUUCUCCCUUCCCGACCAGGAUAGCGACGCCGACGAACCACCGCCGGCGAAAUCGCACCAAAAUGACCAAAUAUCCUCAGAAACAGAAAAUGAGGACGAAACAGAAAGCGAGUCCGACGCUGAAGAAAUCUCAGUGCAUGAAAAUGAUGACAAUGACGAAGAAGAAGAAGAAGAAGAAGAAGAAGAAGAAGAAGAAGAAGAUGAAGAUGGAGGAGGAGAGCUUAAAUUUGCUCUCGCGAGCAACGAUUGCGCGGAUCAGGCCGCGGCGGCGCUUUCCCCUUCGGAUAAGCUGUUUUUCAAGGGGAAUUUGGUUUCAAUUGAGCCUUCGAGCAUUUUAUUGAGCGGGUCAUCUGAAGAAAGCUCAAAAUUACCCAUAUUUUUAGUGAAAUCAGCUACGAAAUUCAGGGUGCUCUUGCUCAAGCUCAAGAAAUCGAAAUCCGCUAACGGUGAGAAUCUCACAAGGCAUGAAAGAGCUGAAAAAAUUAGGGGCAAUGGUAAAAGGGAGAAUCAGGGGAAACUGAGCGGUAAGUUAAUGGCGGUGAAAUUGAGAGUUGAGGAGGGGCCUCUCAUGUCCCUGUUCACCAGAGACAACAGCGCGAAAGAAAACGGCCAUGGCCGUGUGCUGGCUGAAGGUAACAAUGUUGACGAGAGAAAGCUGACCAAAGAGGUGGUGCUGCAGAAGUACUUGAAGAUGGUGAAACUUCGCGUUUCCAAGCGUUACGUUGAGAAAUUGAAGUUCGCCGGCGGUCAGUCGGUGGGAGGCGGUGGCUCCAAAAUCUCGGCUGCAGCGGGGGCGGUGGCGGCGCGUGGCGACACGAAGCCUCAGGAGAAGCAUGGGAGCGGCGGUAAUAACCUGCAGGCGGGGCUCAAGGUUGUGCGGAAGCACCUAGGGAAGAGCCGAUCGGCGUCCGCCUCGGUAGCUGCGUCGCCACUCAGGAAGGCGGCGUCGAACCGCCGGGAUGACUCACUGGUGCAGCUGCACGAUGGGAUCCAAGGCGCCAUUUUGCACUGCAAGAGAUCGUUCAACGCCUCCAGGGAUAUUGAACCAUCUUCAAUUUUAUGUCGGUCUGUGAGUGAGCCAUCCGUGAGUUCAUCAGUACCCUCGACGUCGUCGUUUCGUAGGAGAAACAAUGAGAGACUUGGGUCAAGAUGUAUCGGAUAGAGAGAUAAUUAUUGUAAGUAUAAUAUAUGCGUUUUUUUUUAUAAAGGGAGACUAGUGAGUGUAGGUCGAAGUGCUAGGUGAAGAAAAAGAGCACUUAUUAGUAUUAUGUUUAUGGUUUUCUCAUUUUCUUGCUUUGAUAUCAGUGCUUCCAACUCGAGCCAUUAUAGCUAAUGACUGAAGAAUGAGUGAUGAAUUAUUGCUUUUUAUUUUGGGUUAUCUGCUAUAAAAGCGGUCGUGUUUCUGCAUUUUAAUAUUUACUGCUUUUGAACUUCAUUCCAUUUUUCUCAAAGCAAAAAGAAUGUCCCAUUCUAAUAUUCUUGAUGUAGUUUACAUUUGUUUAGCAUAAUUUUAGAGAACGUGAACUCUAUUUAAGUUGAUGGCUUAUCUGGCUUGAACAGUAUAAUAUCUGAAACAAAAAUUUGUUAAUUCCAACAAAUUUAGAUAUUUUCAUACUCAAAUAUUUAAAAUAUAAUGGAAAUAAAAACAAGACCUUUCUUAGUAUAAUUGUGUGAG